AAUUUACCAUUAUAGUUGUCAGCAGCUACAAUAAAAACAAAAAGUGAGAAAACUAAAGGCCUAAAAUUGAUCUCUUCAACAUUCACAUAUUCGUUUCUUCUUCAAUUAGUCCGAAAAAAAGCCAAAGCAACUUGUCUACUCUCUUUGAAUUCGCCUUUAAUGGCAGCAGUAACCAGAAAUUAGCAGUAUUCUCCGAAAAGGGUCUCUCAGAAAUAGAGAAAAAAAGAAACAAUAAGAUUAUUUUUUUUUUGGAGAAGAGUCCCUGGUUAUUUGAUGUCGCUGAGAAUUAAAGCAGUUGUUGAUAAAUUCGUACAAGAAUUGAAAGAGGCAUUAGAUGCUGAUAUACAAGAUAGGAUAAUGAAAGAAAGGGAGAUGCAGAGUUACAUUGAGGAGCGUGAACGUGAGGUUGCUGAGCGUGAAGCUGCUUGGAAAGCUGAACUUUCUCGUCGUGAGGCAGAAAUUGCUCGACAAGAAGCCAGGUUAAAGAUGGAGAGGGAAAACCUUGAGAAAGAGAAAAGUGUACUAAUGGGGACUGCAUCAAAUCAAGACAAUCAAGAUGGAGCUCUUGAAAUAACAGUUAGUGGGGAGAAGUAUCGUUGUCUGAGAUUCGCAAAAGCAAAGAAGUGAAGGCACUAAAAGUAGGAGCAAAUAUCAGUAUGUUUGUUUAUACACAGCUAGUUUUGCUGGAUGCUCAUAUAAAUUUUUAAUCAAUAUUGAAUUUAUGCAGCCUCUCUUACUUAGGAAAGAAAAAGAAAAUUAGAUCUGUGCCUCUUUGAAGUUAUACUGAAAAAUCUUGCUGCAAUUUUUCUGUUGUGCCUCUUUUAGGCUUGAGCAUUGAAAACCAUUUUUACCUUAGAACCCUGAAAAA